AUGGAAACCCUCGCCCCUCCACCAAAGCUUACCCAUCUCUUCACUCUACGGUGUGCGGUGGACCCGCCAAUGGAGAUUGGGAAUGGCCCCUACGGUCGGCGACGAUGCGUACCGAUUAUGUCUGGGUCGGUAAAAGGACCGUACUUUAAUGGAGAGGUUGUGCCAGGAGGAGCGGAUUUCAUGUUGGUGGAGGAUAAUCAGACGACACAUGUGAACACCAAUUAUGUGAUCAAAAGCGACGACGGUGCAUUGUUGUAUAUUCGAACUGAAGGUACUCGAGCUGGACCUCCGGAGGUACUGAAAGCGCUGAUGGAGGGGGGCCCCGUCGACCCUAGCAAAUAUUGGUUCCAUCUCCAUGUGAAGAUUGAGACGGGCCACGAGAAGUACAAGUGGAUGAAUGACCGAGUUAUCAUCGGUAGAGCUACAAGAGCCAAGGGCGAAGUCGCUUACGAUGCGUACUUCCUGGAGAAUGACCCAUGA